AAGAUAAGAAGGAUGGUCGGGUCACACAUUAAUUCUGAAAAUUACGAUUUUGUCCCGUUAAAGUUCCUCUAGUUCUAGAGAGAGAAACCCAAAACAAAAAAGCGAAACUGGUUUUGUGAACUGUCAAAUGCUGUCGACUCACUUGUAACACGGUGGCGCUGCCACGGCGGUUUAAGAUCUCCACUCAAUACACAGAGCAUUUACAGCCACCGUUUAAAAAAACAUGGGUUCCGGUCAGAUUAGCGGCGGAGGCGGUGGUAGUAACAUUAACGGCGGCGGUUCUAAUGUUAUUGGUAACGGUAGUUGUUGUGAUAUGAGUAUGAAGUGUUGGUGUAGGUGGAGAAUGGAAAAUCAACACUACUAUAAUCGUAUUUUCUCUUCUGGUUUUGUUUUCUUUUUUGGGUGUUUCGUUUUGUUUGGAUCGAUUGCUAGUUUUUAUGGUUGGCUUGCGUUUUCUCCUUCUGUUCAUACGGCUAUUUCCCCUUUUGGUUGUCAAGAUGAUAAUGAGGGUUCUUGGUCUAUUGGAAUUUUCUAUGGUCAUUCACCUUUCUCUCUUAAACCCAUAGAAUCUUCGAAUGUAUCCAAUGAUGAUAGUGCUUCUUGGCCUGUUGCAAAUCCUGUGGUGACUUGUGCUUCUGUUUCUGAUGCUGGUUUUCCAAGUAAUUUUGUUGCUGACCCUUUUCUUUUUAUUCAGGGAGAUACUUUAUACUUGUUCUAUGAGACAAAGAAUUCAAUCACUAUGCAAGGUGAUAUUGGAGUUUCAAAAAGUACUGAUAAGGGAGCAACAUGGCAACAACUCGGAAUUGCCUUGAAUGAGGACUGGCAUCUUUCUUAUCCUUACGUAUUUGAGCAUGAUGGCCAGAUAUAUAUGAUGCCUGAGGGGAGUAAAAGAGGAGAUCUUCGUCUCUACAAAGCUGUUAACUUUCCUUUGCAGUGGAAAUUGGAAAAGGUCCUCAUAAAAAAGCCCCUUAUUGAUUCCUUUAUUGUCGACUAUGGUGGGAAAUAUUGGCUUUUUGGCUCGGAUCAUAGUGGUUUUGGCACCAAGAAAAAUGGUCAGUUGGAGAUUUGGUAUAGCAAUUCACCUCUCGGUCCUUGGAAACCUCACAAGAAGAAUCCAAUUUACAACAUUGACAAGAGCAUGGGAGCUCGCAAUGGAGGCAGGCCAUUUAAAUACGAAGGAAAACUUUAUCGUAUAGGUCAGGACUGUGGUGAUACAUAUGGUAGACGGGUGCGUGCUUUUCAGAUAGAAACUCUUACAUCUGAAGAGUACAAAGAAAUUGAAGUACCAUUGGGCUUUGUUGAAUCAAACAAGAGUCGAAAUGCUUGGAAUGGUGCUAGAUACCAUCACUUAGACGCCCAACGACUUCCGUCAGGUGGUUGGAUUGGUGUUAUGGAUGGGGAUCGUGUUCCUUCUGGAGAUUCAAUCCGGCGGUUCAUGGUUGGUUGCGCUUCUUUUGCAGUCACUGCUAUACUCAUUAUGCUAUUGGGUGUGUUACUCGGGUUUGUGAAUUGUAUUGUCCCUCUCAAUUGGUUCGUUCAUAACUCUGGGAAGAGGAAUCUAACUAUCAUGUCUUGGGAAAGGCCAAAUGCGUUCUCUUCGAAAGUAAGACGGUUCUGCACCCGCGUGAAUAGAGUCCCAAACUUUCUCCGAGGUAAGGUAAAGCAUAAUGCUUGUGCUAGGAGGUUUAUUCUUACUAUUAUAUUCGUAGUAGGGGUUGGAUUGAUGUGCAUAGGAUUCAAAAAUAUUUAUGGUGGCAAUGGUUCCGAAGAACCUUACCCGUUGAAAGGUCAAUACUCUCAGUUCACAUUAUUAACAAUGACCUAUGACGCCCGUCUUUGGAACUUAAAGAUGUAUGUGAAACAUUACUCAAGAUGCUCUUCCGUGUCCGAAAUAGUUGUAGUGUGGAACAAGGGAAUCCCUCCGAAAAUGAGUGAUCUAGAUUCAGCGGUACCAGUCAGGAUCAGGGUAGAGGAUAAAAACUCUCUAAACAACCGAUUCAAGGACGACCCUUUGAUAAAAACUCGAGCAGUCCUUGAGCUUGAUGACGAUAUUAUGAUGACAUGUGAUGAUGUUGAGCGAGGUUUCAACGUGUGGCGUCAACAUCCCGACCGAAUUGUUGGAUUCUAUCCUCGGCUUAUUGCUGGUAGCCCGCUGAAGUACAGGGGAGAAAAAUAUGCCCGGACGCAUAAAGGCUACAACAUGAUUCUUACCGGUGCAGCUUUCAUCGAUUCAAAGGUAGCUUUCAAGAGGUACUGGGGCGAGGAAGCUAAACCAGGGAGGGAAAUGGUGGACAAGUUAUUUAACUGUGAAGAUGUGCUUUUGAACUACUUGUAUGCAAAUGCGAGUUCAUCGAGAACAGUCGAUUAUGUGAAACCAGCUUGGGCAAUCGACACUUCAAAGUUUUCCGGUGCGGCAAUUAGCCGCAACACGAACGUGCAUUAUCAAUUGAGAAGCAAUUGUCUAAUGAAAUUUUCGGAGAUGUAUGGAAGUUUGGCGGGUCGGAUAUGGCGGUUUGACAGUAGGAAAGAUGGUUGGGAUGUAUAGUAGGGAAGUAAAAGAGUGGUUUUUAUUUAUUUAUAGUUAGGUAUUUGGCAAGUUUUGUAUUUUUACUAUUACAUCUUUGUGGGUAUAAAGUCUUGUUUAUACUUGUACCCCGUUUGUGAAUUUUUUAUUUUAUUUUAGGGGGUUUUCUAAAUAGUAUUAUGUGUCUGCAACAUGUAAAUUGUUUCUAUAAUGGCUUAUUUUAUGUUUUUAUUUUUAUUUAUUUAUUUAUUUAUUUAUUUAUGCCUACAACCCCCUGGGGGUGAAUGUGAUUUGUGAUGAUGUUAUGAUGGAAGGUUGUUUUAUUAGGGAAAUACGACAUUCAUGAAUAAAUCUUGAAGACAUUCCUUAGAAA